AUGAAGUCUGAAUCUGUGACAUGCGCCGGCCUCGCGACAUCUAUUGUUUUGCUCGCUACGUGCCUAAUAGGCGCGCUGGCUGAAGGGGAUAAUUCCACUAAAGGGAAUAGUUCGACUGUUCCCAUCAGUCUGAUAGUCGCAAGGGAGGGUGGUAAUAAGUCGAGUCCGCUUCUAUAUGGAGUUAUGUUCGAGGAAAUGGAUCAUUCUGGCGAUGGUGGAAUCCACGGACAAUUGCUGCAAAACAAUGGGUUUCAAGGAACUAGUCUUGGUUUGACUUCCUACGCUCCGGUGGGAGAUGUGACAAUCUUCCAGGAUACCUCAAAACCCGUCAGCAAAGCAAUUACGUCCUCGCUCAACGUCGAAGUACAAGAAGGUGUAACAGAGUAUGUUGGCUUUGCCAAUACCGGUUACAACGGAAUUCCAAUCACGGGUGCCACAUAUAACUGUUCAUUCUGGAUGAUGGGCAACUACUCGGGAACCAUCAACCUGCAGCUUGUUGGGUCGCAUAGUGGCUCGAUAUAUGCUGAUCAUAAUUUGACCGUCAAGAGUACGGAUUCAAAAUUCACAGAAUUCAAAACUAUGUUCAACACUACUUAUACACCAAAAGGGGAUAAUGAGUGGCAUUUGACGUUUGAUGGAUCAAAGGUUGCUGGUAGCUCGUUGAACUUUGGCUUAAUCCAACUGUUUCCUCCUACUUUCAAAGAAAGAGAAAAUGGGUUGCGAGAUCACGUCGCAAUGUUUCUGGACGAGGUCAAUCCAGCGUUUCUCCGGUUCCCGGGCGGGAACAAUCUCGAAGGCUUAGAAGUUGAUUCUCGCUGGAAGUGGAACACCACGAUUGGACCCGUGGUCGACCGCCCAGGAAGAGAAAGCGACUGGUUUUACCCCAAUACAGAUGCCCUCGGCCUGGACGAGUAUCUGUGGUGGUGUGAAGACAUGAACAUGGCGCCACUCCUGGCUGUGUGGUCGGGAAAGUCCUAUGGGGACAUCCUCUCCGGGCCAGACCUUGAACCUUUUGUCGAGGAUAUCAUGAAUGAGAUGGAAUAUCUCUUUGGCGACUCUUCAACACAUUAUGGCAAACUGCGAGCCCAGAACGGUCGUAAAGAACCAUGGAAGGUUGAUCUUAUUGAAAUUGGCAACGAAGAUGACCUUACUGGUGGCUGUGACACCUAUCCGGAUCGUUUCAAUCAAAUUUAUAAGGCCAUCCACGACAAGUACCCACACAUCACGUUUGUUGCUUCCCAUGGGAACUAUUCUUGUCUGCCAUCUCCGCUUCCCGAAAAUGUCAUCAUUGAUCUUCAUCUGUACCGAGCACCAGACGACUUUGUGAAAUUGUUCGACCAGUUUGAUAACCAGCCGCGGAACCAGUCAGUGAUGAUUGGCGAGUUUGGAUGUCGCAAUACUACAGAAGAGACAGGAACAUACUGGCCAUACGUGCAGGGCAGUUGCAGUGAGGCCGUGUACAUGAUUGGAAUGGAGCGCAACAGUGAUAUUGUCAAGAUGGUGGCUUACGCACCCUUGAUGCAGCACUUUGAUUUCGUCUCUUGGUCGCCCACUCUAUACGGUUUCAAUUCGGCUCCCGACUCCGUCACACCUUCGGUUUCAUAUUUUGUGCAAAAGAUGUUCGCAUCCAACAAGGGUGACACCAUUCUUCCAGUUCACUCAUCAGCAGCAUUUGGACCUGUUUACUGGGUUGCUUCGAAGACAGGUUCACAAUACUACUUGAAACUGGCAAAUUAUGGUCCCGAGCACCAGACUGUUAAGGUAAGUAUACCAGGAACCAAAUCUGGUAAACUGGAGAUGCUUGCUGGCCCCAAGUACCAGGGCAACACACCUUUCAACGUGAAAAUCCAAACUGCCACCACCAGUGUGUUCAAUGGACAAGGGAAUUAUUCAAUAAACAUGGAUCCUUGGGCUGUCGCUGUUCUGGCAGUCUCAUGA